AUGGCGCACCCACUACAAUUAGGGCUUCAGGACGCUUCCUCCCCCAUCAUAGAAGAACUACUAUACUUUCAUGACCAUGCCCUAAUAAUCGUAUUCUUAAUUAGCUCCCUAGUCCUCUACACCAUCUCCCUAAUGCUAACCACUAAACUCAUGCACACAAGCACUAUAAAUGCCCAAAUAGUAGAAACCAUAUGAACCAUCUUACCCGCUGCUAUCCUAACUUCAAUUGCCCUCCCAUCGCUACGGAUUCUUUACAUAACAGACGAAAUCAACAACCCCCUCUUAACCAUCAAAACUAUGGGCCACCAAUGAUACUGGAGCUAUGAAUAUACAGACUAUAUAGACCUAAACUUCGACUCGUACAUAAUCCCAACCCUCGACCUAAAACCAGGAGAACUCCGACUUCUAGAAGUUGAUAACCGAACUGUACUCCCAAUAGAAACCCCAAUCCGCAUAUUAAUUUCAUCUGAAGACGUAUUACACUCCUGAGCUGUGCCCUCACUAGGCCUAAAGACUGACGCAAUCCCAGGACGUCUGAACCAAACAACCCUAUCAGCAACACGACCUGGCCUGUUCUAUGGGCAGUGCUCAGAAAUCUGUGGCUCAAAUCAUAGCUUCAUACCCAUCGUACUGGAACUCAUUCCACUUAAACAUUUCGAAACCUGAUCAGCCCUAACAUCAUAA